AUGAGAGACUCCAACUCUGAUUCGGAAAAGUCCCACAACGAGCAGCACACGCCCACUCAACCACCUAGGUUCGGCAUUCUGGAGUAUGAGGCUAGUGAUGAUGUCAAGAGAUGGGCUAGAAAGUGGAAAACAGAAUUGGCUUCUAUGUCAUCCAGCGUCCUCUCUACCUUUGUAGCGUUCCCUCUCGACUUUGCGAAAGUACGCAUGCAAUCAUACGACACUCGCUUCCUCGCAACCGUAAAGGAUGCUUACCAAGUCGAAGGCCUGCGUGGUUUCUGGAGAGGUGUUGGUACGCCAAUGGCCAGUGUCACACUGGUGCGCACCAUCUCUUUCGGUCUGUAUCAACGCUCUAAGCAUGUGAUUGAUCACUACAUGACCCAAAUGACUGGCCAGUCGCCUCUUGACUUGGCCAACCAGAAAGGCCAAUAUCCUACUCUGUCGACUAUCGCUUGUUUCAGUAGUGCUGGAGCAACCGCUGGCGCUGUCAUUACAUUCAUCUCUUGUCCAUUCGAGCUCAUCAAGCUUAACGCGCAGCUUGCUGGAAAGAUGAAGAGAGAGGCGAACCCUUCGGAUCGCCCUCAACCAAUCAGCGACCUUCGCACUGGUGCUUUCAGAACUGCCCAGCAGCUUAUCCGUGACCGCGGCAUUCGUGGCUUGUACUGCGGCUAUCGGCUGCAUCUUGAAUGUUACACAGUCCGCGAUACCAUUGGCACGGCUAUAUAUUUCGGCACCUAUGAAACCGUCAAGCAGAUCCUUUCGAACGCUCGCGGAAACGGACCUGCCGAACCUGGUGCCGUCGCUCUUGCUGGAGCAACUUGUGGCAUCGUCAGUUGGGUAUUGAUCUACCCCAUUGAUGUCGUCAAGACUCAGUUCCAGAAGCGCCAGCUGGAAACAGGUCGCGCUCAAGUCUCGCGUCCCAACAUCAAGUUCUUCCAGCCUGGAUCAUACAGAGGCCUCGGAGUCAGUGUCGGACGUUCGGCUCUUAUCAACAUGAUCUUCUUCUCCUCAUUCGAGCAGAUCAAGAAGCGCAUUAACAACGCGGGAGACAUAUAA